AGGUUUAUAGAGGAGUACGUAUCGGAGGGCUGAGGAUGAGUCUGAAACACGCACAGAAUAAAGGAGAGCCACACUUUCCCCACGACUACCCAGACUGCCCUGCAGGAGCACGCUUCCAGGAAGAGCAGGAGGCUGAGCUGCUGGCCAAGUUCAGGAGGCGCCCACCAGCCAAACGGACCAAUUACAUCAAACAUGGCUGCCUGGCUCCGUUCCGUUGUCCCUGGCAACAGCUGGUCGAGGAGUGGCAGCUGAUUGUGAAGGAGGGAGGAGGAGAGGAGGCUGUCGCAACAAUGGAACAGGAAGUGACAACACCCCAGAGUAACUUCACAGUCUUGAGGAAUAGGAAGUCUCUAAGGCAGCUGUCCGCUUGGUGUCGCCCCACAUCCUCUAAAUGUCAGAGGGCACGUAACCUGGGAUCAACACCUCCACUCAACCGUAACGUUGCAGCGGCUCUCCUCUCGGCACACGGCGGCAGCAGCCUGGUGUGGACCCGUCUCUCCCUCGUCACCAAGGGCCAACCGGAGCAGCACGCCCUGGUGUGUGUACCCACCGCAGAGGACCUCCAGCUGGUACGUAAGGAGCCGGGCUGCACCGGCCCCCAGGAGCCUCUCCACACUGACCACUUCAAGAGCCGUGUCAAACGGCCACGCAAGAAGGACCACAACAAACCUGGAACCACCUCCUCUUCCUCCGCCAAGCCUGAAAACAAGCAGUCUGACCCUGCCUCUACCUCAGUCCCUAGUGUCAACCCUGGUCCUGAUCCUAGCUCCUCGUCUAGCCUCACCAACCCCUCUUCCUCCUGUACCUCAGGCCUGACUCUGGGUCUCUGGCCGGAGCCCCUGCCCAGCGUCACCUCCCACUGCUCCAGGGUGACUCUGGGCUGGGUGACCCAGGGGGAUUUCUCCCUGUCGGCUGGCUGUGGAGAGGCUCUGGGGCUCCUCACCGUUACCGGUCUCCUACACACCCUGCUCCGACAGCCUGACAGCCAGAGAGGACUGGUGCUGCUACGGAACCCCGGGUCACUGCAGUACCGCUUCGCUAAGAUCAACAUAGAGGUCUGAGGAGUACUGCAGGGUUCAAUCCCACGUCGCAACAGGACCGCUUCGCUAAGAUCAACAUAGAGGUCUGAGGAGUACUGCAGGUUCAAUCCCCACAUCGCAACAAGACCGCUUCGCUAAGAUCAACAUAGAGGUCUGAGGAGUACUGCAGGUUCAAUCCCCACAUCGCAACAGGACCGCUUCCCUUAGACCAACAUAGAGGUCUGAGGAGUACUGCGGGUUCAAGACCGCUUCGCUUAGACCCAGCUAUGUAAAGCCACAGACUGUGUUCUGAGAAAAACACUGUGCCUUGUCCCUUCACCUCACCCCUGUUAGGGGUAUUAGAUAAGAACUGCAUGGCAUGCACACACACACACACACACACACACACACACACAACAUUACACAUAUUGAAUGCCACAUUGUUUAAGUGGAAAAACUUUUGCUUGAUAAUAAUUCCCUAUAAAGGUUUUCUGGGAGUUUUUCAUUUGAGUUGAAAUGAGUUAUUUUUAGUUCAAUAUUGUUUUCAGCGAAGGGACUGCCUUCAGAUUGUCACUGGGUUUGUACUGGCUCUGUAGAGAAGACAUUCUUUGGUUUGCCUCGAUUCCCAUUUUCGAUUUUUGUGUGCAUUUGAGAGCUGUAGUUGAAAUGGUUGACAAUA